AUGGAAUCAAGCAAAAGAAACAUUUACUCUUUCAAUUUCAAGGAUCCCGAUCUAAAGAGCUUACGUGACUUGGUCUCUCAGAUGCACCAGGUAUACAGAAUCAACUUUGGGAAGAAUCAUGGCAAUCUGCUCCGCAUUCUCAAUCAACAAGUAGACUGUACAACUUUAAUCACUUUGGCCCAAUUAUAUGACCUACCCUUAAGAUGCUUCACAUUCCAAGACUUCCAGCUAGCACCAAUAUUGGAAGAAUUCGAGCGUCUUGUUAGGAUUCCUAUGAAGAACAAGCCACGAUUUGAAGGGAUAGAUGAAUCUUUGCCCCUUGAGACCAUUACUAGCAUGCUUCAUAUGGAUGAAAAGGAGGUAGAGGCUAACCUAGAGACCAAAGGGAAUACCAAAGGAUUUUCACUAAGUUUUCUUUUGGAGAGAGCUCAUACCCUAUUAAAAGCAGAAAGUUGGGAUGCUUGUUACUCUGCCAUUACAUUGGCCAUCUAUGGCGUCGUCUUGUUCCCGAAUAUGGAUGGUUUCGUAGACAUGGCUUCCAUUUGUGUUUUCCUUACUGGGAACCCAGUACCCACUUUGUUAGUCGAUGUCUACUAUUAUAUAAGUCAUAGGUAUACUAAGAAGAAAGGAAUGAUCACUUAUUGUGCUCCUUUAUUAUAUCAGUGGUUUCUAGAACAUCUUCCAAAGACAGGUGCUUGGGUUGAACAGACAGAUGUUAGUUGGCCUCAGAGAUUGGGAUCACUCUGA